GCCAGCAACAAAACUACACCGGAACUGCCUGAGUCCAGCCUCAGUGUGCAUACUACCGGAUUGCCAGAUGAAGAUCCAACCACAAUCUACUCCUUAGAGCCUCCAUCCGGAAUACUGAAUCCUUUGGCAAAUGGGACCCUCCCAAAUGACAUCGAAUUGUUCAAAUCCCCAUUGGAUCUGGAACGAGAACGUUUUCAGUUGGCACAAAAAGAGGUACAAGAAACUGUCGGUCAAUCGUUGGAUCCGUGGUUUAUCGGGCUCAAAUAUGCUCGAAUAACUGAGCAGUGCAUAAAGUCUCAUGCGGAUAUUUUGACCAUAUGGGAGGCGAAACAACAGGCAUUUUCGGAACAGCAACGUCAAUGGGAGGAGUAUCAUGCGGUUCAGAGGAAAUUACGUAAUCAGGAAAAACGAUCGCACAUUGAUCUGUUGAAAUCUAUCCAACUACUGACAGAUCGAGUGCGAGCCGAGUACCACCAAGAAUGCGAGGCCCAGCGGCGUGCGCGCAUUGAUUUGUAUCAACAAAGGAAACUAGAGUUAUGUCAACAGACGGAGGAAAAUGAGCCACCACUGCAACAAACUGAACCUUCAGCGAAAAGCAAGCAGGCCAGGAGCAGCAAAUCAGUGACAAGCGGAAAUAGUAAUAAAAGUCAAUCCGCAUCACGUGGACGAAGCAAAACUUAG